AAAAGAUAUUCUCUUUCACCAUUUCUUUUCAUAUUCUCAUUACCCUCAUUCUCCCACGCAUCCACACUCAUUCAUACCCCGGCCUUUUCACCAUGGCUCCCCGAAAGAGGAAUAAGGCACCUAAGCAAUCCAAUAGCUACAACAAUGAUACGGAUACGGUCAAUGGAGUAGAGGACGAUCACUCAAAAAAGUGUAGUGAUACCGCACAGGAAAUCGAGGAAGCUCUUACCAAGCUAUCUAAUACUCUUCCCAUAGACUCCAAACUCAGAGUACGGCAUCCCUCCCUCAGCAGGAAUCCUUCUGUUGCAGAUUAUCUCCAUCGAGCACUCUUUGUGCCUGAUCCAGACUCACAGGAACUCAAGAGAAAACAUGCCCCACCCGGGACCCGACGUCGAGUCGUUCUGUUGUUUGGUAUUCUUAUAGGGAUGGCCCUUGCUACAUUAUUGAUGCAGCAGACCAGAGACGCGGCAUACAUCGAGGCAUUCUCGCAUUACUUCCAGGACUUUGAUCUUGCUUCGAUGGUACCUACCGGAAUGAUUCCUGAAGAGUUUAUUGGGAAUGUAUCCGCGAUGUUCAAACCCGAAAUUUUGACAGAAGAGCAAUUUUACCCAGGGGAGGAGCUAAGGGUGAAGUAUGGCUAUAGACCAAAGUAUCCUGUAACUAUGAUUCCUGGAAUUGUUUCGACGGGCCUUGAGUCUUGGUCAACAACCCAUAAUUGCUCUCAAAAAUACUUUCGCAAGCGCAUGUGGGGAACCACAACCAUGUUCAAAGCUGUCCUUCUGGACAAAGAAUGCUGGAUCACUAACAUGCGGCUGGACUCAGCAACAGGACUUGAUCCCGAAGGAGUUCGCUUGCGUGCAGCUCAGGGCCUUGAGGCUGCAGAUUAUCUUGUGCCUGGAUACUGGGUAUGGGCGCCGAUUAUCAAGAACCUGGCAGCAAUUGGUUAUGACAACAACAAUAUGUAUCUCGCCGCAUACGAUUGGAGACUCGCCUUUUCUAAUCUGGAAGUUCGAGAUAACUACUUCUCUCGCCUAAAAUCUAGCCUGGAAAUGUCUCUCAAGAUCACAGGCGAAAAGCAUGUCCUUGUAGCUCACUCCAUGGGUUCCCUUGUCCUCUACUAUUUUUUCAAAUGGGUUGAAUCUGAUUUGGGAGGAAAAGGUGGUCCAAACUGGGUUAGGGAUCAUGUCCAUUCAUUUGUCAAUAUUGCAGGGCCCAUGCUGGGUGUUCCCAAGACAUUAGCAGCUGUGCUCUCUGGAGAGGUUCGCGAUACCGCUCAACUUGGCGUCGUCAGCGCAUACGUCUUGGAAAAAUUCUUCUCGAGGCGUGAACGUGCAGAUCUGUUCAGGAGUUGGGGAGGUCUCUCCAGCAUGAUCCCCAAGGGUGGAGAUCGUGUCUGGGGGUCAAUCAAAGGAGCGCCUGACGACGGAACUCAUGACGAAGAAGAGACACUUGUUAAGGAAAAGAUCGCGAAGCAUGAAGAAGUGCCUGAUGCAAUAAGUAAAAAAAAGCGGAGUGAUCGGAAGUCACCCACGUUCGGGGCUAUGCUUGCAUUCGCACAAGGCUCUAAUAUGGAUCAUCAUACCAUGGACGACAGUAUGCAAUUGUUAUCAAAGAUGGCAGGCAAUGACUUUAAUACAAUGUUGACCAAGAAUUACACAGUGGGUGCGUCUGUAACUCAGGCACAGAUGGACAAGACAAACAAAUUACCGACAAGUUGGUCUAAUCCUUUGGAAGCUUCACUGCCUAAUGCGCCAAACAUGAAGAUAUACUGCCUGUAUGGUGUGGGAAAGUCGACAGAGAGAAGUUAUACCUACAACCGUAUGAGUGAUUUUACGCCACCAAUUUUGGAUCAGAGACCAGGCAACGUGUCAGACGAGACCGGCAGAGUCCCCAAUAUCUAUAUCGAUACCAGUGUUCAUGAUGACAAAUUGGGUAUUAGCUAUGGUGUUCAUCAAGGAGACGGUGAUGGCACUGUCCCCUUAUUGUCGACAGGAUACAUGUGCGUGGAAGGUUGGAAGAAGAAGUUGUAUAACCCUGCAGGUAUAAAGGUCAUCACGCGUGAAUUUACUCACCACAGCAGCCCCUCGCCUGUGGAUAUUCGAGGUGGGAAGAGGACAGCAGACCAUGUUGAUAUUCUGGGUAAUUAUCAAGUAACGAGGGAUUUACUUGCCAUCGUAGCUGGACGCGAUGGUGAAGGUUUGGAAGAACAGAUCUUUUCCAAGAUCCGUGAGUACUCUACCAAGGUAGACCUGUAAUCACCCCCCUCACUCACUUGACGCCUGAGUGUCCUAAUGGACGUAAAAAUAAAAUAAG